GUGAUGAUUGUAGCAGUAUCUUCCCAGCAGCUUCAUGAUCUGAUGGACAAGAGUUUGACAUUCAUCACUGUCUUCUUUAUGGCAGGGUCAUUCAUAGAGCUAGCUGUAAAAGCUCAGUUCACAGUGCAGCCAGUGUCAGUGGAGAGAGCCGAGGGACUGGAGGCAGUGUUCAGUUGUCAGUAUCAAGCCGAGGGAUUCGAUGUGUCGUAUGAUUGGUUUAUAAACAAUUUCUUUGUCGGAGCAGAUACAGAAACUGUUAGAGUACGUCGACCUUCAUCUCCUGGUGGACCAACCACACUGACAAUCAUGGCCACUCCACAGCACAACAACUCUGUUGUGUAUUGUGAGGCUGGUAUCAGAAGUGGCCCUGAUCAUACAUUUGUGAUUUCAUCCACAGCAUCUCGAGUUGUUUGUGAGACGGUCCUCACUCAUCUUAUUGUUGCUCUAAACACCAUUACCGUGACAUGGAAUGCUCUACCCCUCACUAACUACUGUGUGGACAUCACCGAGUCAACUCUAGACUCAACUGAAACAGUUGUUAUCGAUUCUGUGUGUGGACUGACUAAUGAGUACGUCUUCAUGUACUCUGAUAACAGUGUGUGUGCCAGAUUCACUGUGACUCCUAUUGAUGGAGAGAUGAGAGGAACAACCAGUGAAUUAUGUACUGGGUUAUUUACGAUAGUAGAAGGUAGUGGAGAACAACAUCGUAUUCUUGAAAAUAAAAGGAAUAAAUUAGUCAAAUUUAGGGCAACUGUUCCAAGUUGUAUAAAGUUCACUCGGUAUUGUGUGGACUCUGACCUAUUGACUCCCUCCAUCAACCUUCCAAUCACGGACCCUUUUCUGUUUGAUGGCUCACUCAGUUUCUCCCUCCCCACUGACAAGAUGACAGAAUACAGUGUCACACUGACUGAUGAGAAUGGAAUAGACCUCGUGUUUGAGAACAUUUCAAUCAGUACAUUUGACGUUCAAGACCUCCUAGUGUCUGAAUGUCCUGGUGGUGGUGGUAUUUGUGUGAGCAUUGUGUAUGUUGAAGGUACCCUCUCUCCCGGAGCUCUCGUCUGUGCAGUUCGUAUUAUUAAUGGAGUGUUUGACAUAAAACUUGUCACCAUCCCUCGGAAUUCAAGUGAAAUUUUCACCAUUCCUGUUCCUAGUGGAGAAUACCGAGUGAUUACUUUUGAUCUGGAGAGCAACCAUUUACCAAGAAUGCCCAUCUCCAUGGUAGCACUCAGUCAAAACAAGAUGACAGUGAACUCGACUGGUGAAGACAUUACCAGUCCACCACCCAGAGAGAGUAUUAGUGCUACCAAGUUAACAAAUGCAGAGGUUGAAGUGACCUGCUGUGACUCUGCCCUGAAUUGUCUAGUCUUGUUCCAAUCCACCAUCUUGGACAGAGUGAUUGUCGGUUUCAUCAACUCUUCUGAAGUCUCAACUAUCAUCUCUUUAAAGGACACUUUUGGUGAUGGCUAUGUGGUGGUGUACUCUUGGAAUAGUUCACAGUCCAUCUUUGAAGGAGAGGUAUUGCUCAUUAUACAACUGGAUCUACCCACCUCUGCUCCCACUACACCUCCAACAUCUGAUCCACAAACAGACCCACCUCCUCCUGAUAUAGAGUCCCUGCUGACAUCAGUUAUCGCUGCAGCAGCUAUAGCUGGUUUAGUGAUUCUGGUAUUGCUUGUGGUCACAGCUGUUGGAACUGUCGUUGUGAUUUUAAGGAAACGGAGACACAAUGAAGUUGAGGUUCCAGAGUCAGAUGGAAGAGUGGAUUGGUCAUCAACAUUUGCAGGGAUUGAGCAACCCAACGAAGCUUAUGCUUCAGUACUCAAGAAGAACAUUACCUCCUCAGGGAAAAACAAGUCGUGCAAACUAAGUGAAUCAACUGAAAAAUGUGGCACUCCACCAGAUUCAACGAUUUUUACAUGUGUUAAUUAUAUA